AGCAACUGCUGCAUGUAGCUUCUAAUAAAAAUAGGGUAAUCAGUAGUUCCUUGGCAUAGAUCAACUACCGAGUAAAGAAGGCCAUGACCACCAGUUUGAAGUGUGCUCACAGUAAAACUGGAACCUCAUUCACGUGAGGAAACGUAUGAGGUGACUUUCAAAUUCUUCUACCAGACACUCAAAAAUCACAUUCACAGGGUACUAUGGCGGAAGAAUCCAAAUCUUUGCAGUACACACCUACAUGGGUGAUUGCUGCUGUCUGUUUUGUCAUUGUUCUCGCCUCCAUUUUUGCAGAGCGAGGUCUUCAUAAACUGGGAAAGUUCUUGAGGAAUACGAAGCAAGAUGCAUUGUUUGAAGCCUUGCAAAAAUUAAAAGAAGAAUUGAUGCUUUUAGGGUUCAUUUCCCUUCUGCUAACAGUUACCCAAAAUACAAUAAGCCGCAUAUGCAUCCCACCUCAUCUUGCUAUUACCAUGUUGCCAUGCAAGAGAGAAACUGAGAGCAGCAACCACGAAAAAAUCUAUAAUCAAGCUAUAAACAAUCGACGUCAUCUACUAUCUGCAACUAAUAGUGCAGAACGUUGUGCUCGUGAGGGGAAGGUUCCAUUGGUGUCUGUGGAAGCAUUGCACCAACUGCAUAUUUUCAUCUUUGUGUUGGCAAUUGUCCAUGUUAUCUUUUGUGUAUCUACAAUGAUUCUUGGAGGGGCAAGGAUACGACAAUGGAAGACUUGGGAGGAUUCCAUAAGACAUCCAUCAAAAACAUUCAGAGAUCAAGCAAAGCAUCAACAUGAACACCAUUAUUUUCACAAGUUCAUUAAAAAACACGAAAAAGGAUAUUGGAGAAAGUCAGCUGUUUUAAGUUGGCUGAUAGCAUUCUUCAAACAAUUUUAUCACUCCAUUACCAAAUCAGACUACAUUGCUCUUCGAAAAGGAUUUAUCACAGCGCAUAUUCCCCAUGUGUUGGAUUUUGAUUUUCACGAUUACAUGAUGCGGACACUGCAGAUUGAUUUCAAAAGAAUUGUUACCAUAAGCUGGUAUCUGUGGCUCUUUAUUGUGAUGUUUUUGCUGAUGAAUGUGGAAGGGUGGCAUUCAUUUUUUUGGCUGUCCUUUUUACCAGUAAUUCUUCUGCUACUCGUUGGCGCUAAGUUAGAACACAUUAUCACUAGUUUAGGCCACAGAGUUGCAGAGAAGACAGUUCCUAUCGAUGAAGCACGAGUACAGCCUUCAGAUGAACAUUUCUGGCUUGAGAAACCUGCCAUUGUUCUUGACUUGAUUCAGUUCAUUCUGUUUCAGAAUUCAUUUGAGAUUGCUUUCUUCUUCUGGAUUUGGAGCACAUACGGAUUCCGCUCAUGCAUCAUGGAAAGAGUGGGCUACAUUGUGCCAAGGCUUAUUAUGGGUUUAGUUGUUCAAGUUCUAUGCAGUUACAGCACCUUGCCUUUGUAUGCUCUAGUCUCACAGAUGGGCACCAGUUUUAGGAAAGGGAUGUUUGGUGAGGAUGUGGAAGCGGCAAUAGGAAUCUGGGCAGGCGGAGCAAAGGACAAGAGGGACCCCAGCGAGAACCACGGAGCACGUAUGCAUAAACUAGCCACAGAAUCAUCUCAUAGUGCGGCACAAGAAAUGGUUAUUAUUGGAGGCACAGAGCUUUCUUCUGUGACCCAAGCGCCUGUAUCUUGAAAUUUGGUUCUUCGGCAAAAAGGCAAAAGGGAACAUCCACUUACAUCUCCUCAAGCCUUAAAUUUCCGCAGACUCAACAUUUAGCCAAACCAUUGCUCAUAACUUAAUAUUCUGUGAAUGUUUUUCACUUUGCUUUAUUUAAUUUGCCAGUCAUUGCUAUUCUUUUCA